ACCUUACAAAACGUCACGAGUUAGAGGAAUGAUCAUGGGGAGCUGAGGAAGAACAACAGUGCUUAGCCAGCUACAACUGCACAUUUAGCGACCGUGAGCGCUGCGAGCUUCAGAGGGUGAGGGGGGGACACCAUGGCUAACAUCACGAAGAAAGUGUCGUGGUCCAGCCGGGCUGACGAGUCCGGCGCAACCGGGGAGGGGACCCCGCUGCUGAACGGCUCCGAGCAGCCCAGACACUCCAGACAGCUGUCUGAAGGACGCAGUAUAUUUCAGAUAGGCAGACUCAGCACGGUGGAUUUGGAGGAGGAGAUAACGUCGGAUGAGGACUCUCUGAGAGGGCGGCCUAAAGAGAUCCCUCAUAAUGAGAAGCUGCUGUCACUUAAAUAUGAGAGUUUGGACUAUGAUAACAUUGAGAACCAGCUGUUUCUGGAGGAGGAGAGGAGAAUGAGUCAUAUGGGUUUCCGCUGUCUGGAGAUCAGUCGCUGGGUAGUCUGUGGUCUAAUCGGCUUUCUGACCGGACUCAUCGCCUGUUUCAUAGACAUCGUGGUGGAGGAACUGGCUGGGAUAAAAUACCAAGUGGUCAAAGAGAACAUAGAGAAGUUUACAGAGGUGGGGGGUCUUUCGAUCUCUCUCAUCCUCUGGGCUGUCUUUAACUCCGCCUUCGUCAUGGUGGGGGCCAUCAUAGUUGCAUAUUUUGAGCCCAUAGCAGCAGGAAGCGGUAUCCCUCAGAUCAAAUGUUACCUGAAUGGAGUCAAGAUUCCCAGGGUGGUACGACUCAAGACACUGGUGGUGAAAGUGGGUGGUGUUAUCUGCUCAGUGGUUGGAGGUCUUGCUGUUGGAAAGGAAGGGCCCAUGAUCCACUCUGGUGCUGUUGUAGCUGCUGGGGUCUCUCAGGGCAGGAGCACCUCUUUAAAAAGAGACUUCAAGAUCUUUGAAUACUUCCGGAGAGACACAGAAAAACGUGACUUUGUGUCUGCUGGAGCUGCUGCUGGCGUUUCUGCUGCUUUUGGAGCACCAGUCGGCGGCGUUCUGUUCUCUCUAGAGGAAGGAGCUUCUUUCUGGAACCAGAUGCUGACGUGGAGGAUAUUCUUUGCCUCCAUGAUCUCUACCUUCACCCUGAACUUCUUCCUCAGUAUCUAUCACAACAAGCCAGGAGACCUUUCCAACCCAGGUCUCAUCAACUUUGGACGCUUUGAGACUGAAAGUGUGGCCUAUAACCUUUAUGAGAUUCCCUUGUUCAUCGCCAUGGGAGCUAUAGGUGGAUUACUAGGAGCUCUAUUCAACGUUCUCAACUACUGGCUGACCAUAUUCAGGAUCAGGUAUGUCCAUCGCCCUUGUUUGCAAGUGAUGGAGGCCAUGUUGGUCGCUGCGGUGACUGCAACAGUGUCAUUCACCAUGAUCUACUUCUCUAAUGACUGUCAGCCUCUGGGGCCAGACCACACUGAGGAGUACCCACUGCAGUUGUUCUGUGCAGAUGGGGAGUAUAACUCCAUGGCAACGGCCUUCUUCAACACUCCUGAGAGAAGUGUUCGCAGUCUCUUCCAUAACCAGCCAGGAACCUACAAUCCCUUGACGCUGGGUUUGUUCACUCUGACUUAUUUCUUCCUGGCGUGUUGGACCUACGGCUUGGCGGUGUCUGCUGGAGUCUUCAUCCCAUCUCUGCUAAUAGGAGCCGCCUGGGGAAGAUUGUUUGGAAUACUGCUGGCCUCCAUCACCACCACUGGCUCGACCUGGGCUGUCCCUGGUAAAUAUGCCCUGAUGGGAGCUGCAGCUCAGUUAGGUGGCAUCGUGAGGAUGACUCUCAGUUUGACUGUCAUCAUGGUGGAGGCUACAGGAAACAUCACAUACGGCCUUCCCAUCAUGCUCGUCCUUAUGACUUCCAAGAUAGUAGGAGACUACUUUGUAGAGGGUCUCUAUGAUAUCCACAUCAAGCUGCAGAGCGUUCCCUUCCUGCACUGGGAGGCUCCUGCCACCUCCCACUGGCUGACCGCCAGGGAGGUGAUGAGUUCUCCGGUCACCUGUUUGAACAGGAUAGAGAAGGUGGGAACCAUCGUGGACAUCCUUAGUAACACAUCUACCAAUCACAACGGCUUCCCAGUUGUCGUGCAGGUUGCUGGCAAUGAUGAGCCAGCGAAGCUCUGUGGCCUCAUCCUUCGCUCUCAGCUCAUUGUUCUUCUCAAACACAAGGUGUUUGUGGAGUUGGCUCGGUCCCGGCUGACUCAUAGGAAGCUCCAGCUGAAGGACUUUAGGGACGCCUAUCCUCGCUUCCCCCCGAUCCAGAGCAUCCACGUCUCUCAGGACGAGAGGGAGUGUAUGAUGGACCUGAUGGAGUUCAUGAACGCAACACCUUACACUGUACCACAGGAAACAUCUCUGCCUCGUGUGUUUAAGCUGUUCAGAGCACUGGGACUAAGACACCUGGUGGUGGUGGAUGAUGAGAACAGGGUGGUUGGACUGGUGACCAGGAAAGACUUGGCCAGGUAUCACCUCGGCAAACACGGACUGGAGGAACUUCAGCUGGCUCAGACAUAGUACACACACACACGCACACAAACAUACACAAUUACACAAACCCCUGAACUAUGACCACCUGUUGCCUCAUUAGCUGUCAGCCUCCAGCUAUGCAGCCUAAAAGGACACCAUCAAGGACCAACAAGAGGCUUCUGUUAUUCUCACCUACAGGUCAAAACAAAAAGACUCCUUUAAAACAAACUGUCAAACAAAAUAACUCCUAGGCUUGUAACGCACAAACUCCAUCUGGUAAUUCUGUUUGUGUUUUACUUUGUAAGGAUCCCAAGUUCUUGACUUCCAUUAUCAUUAACGCUGCUGCGCUGAAGCAUUAAAUGGUACCUAAGCACCGGGCUUUGGUCGAUUGUUUACUUUCUAGUUGUAUGGGGGUCAAAAAAGGCAUAACGACAGGAUCUUCUCAAAAUAAAACAGCCACUUUGCCAGCAGGAGGAGAGGAAGAAUCAGUUUGAUGUGUGUCUUAUUCUGCUUCCUCAACAUCAUGUAAACAGUAUGUUACUUCCCUUUUUGAAGGAAUGUUUUAAUAAUGUGGUGAUACAUUAUUAAUCAGUCAUAACAUCGAUUACAUUUUUAAAUAAUUCAAACAGAUUCUUUAUUUGUCUUGCUAUUGAACCAAACGAGACAUUUUAGGUUUAGUGGUUUGCUUUGUUAUUUUGAGUGAGUCUGGACGUAACAUCAACAACUUCACUGACAAUUUAAGGGUCUUUAGCGAUGUUAGAAAAGUUAGUAUUUUCUAUUAUCAUGUAGUUUUGCACUGUGUGAAUGCUGUUAUUUAUUGUUGACGUUAACCACUUGUUUUAAUUUAAAGUUUGUGGUCUGGGUUCCACAUUUUCCAUACAAUAAAAAAAAAAAUCACAAGUGCAGUUUGAAGAGUGGAGAAAAAGCUUGAUUUAUGGUCACAAAGAUGCAUUGUGAGGCAGUUUUUUAGCAAGAGGUAUCUGCUCCUAUGGAUCGAUACUCAGAGGUACGAACAUAAUUAUUCACACCUCCAAAUGUUUGCACUUUGAACUACUACUAAAAAAAGUCUCUGUUGAGAAAUACCCACAAGUGUCCCUCCUGAAGUUCUAAAUGAAUGUAAACUAUUUUUACCACCUACCUUCUAUUUAAACAAAUCAAUGUGUUCCUGUCCAGUCAGGAUAAUCACAUAAAACAGAUUCUCUGAUUUAUAAUUAUUUUAUUUUGUCAAUUUGUCAAUCUAACAUUUCUUCAACUGUCAGUGUUUUUGUGUCUUUGUGCAUUUCAUUGGUUUUACUCUUUGAUUUUUGUCUCUUUUUUUGGUCUUUUGUUUUGUUGUACAGUUGUAGAUGUUAAAAUAUAGACUAUGCUCGAUUUUAUAACCACUGGAUAAACCUUUUGUGAAUUAAUAAAGUUGAAAUUUAUCUAUUGUUA